AUGAUACCAUUGCUUCUCACUAUUUUCUUUAUCCAAUCUGCCGUAGCUUUAGAGCUCAAGUGAGUUACCUCAAAUGCUGACCUCUCCUCAGAUGUCUCUUUAGACUCUUCGAUGAUCUUCUGCAAGUCCGCAGUCAGAACGGUCUCUUCUUCCCUCUCUGCUCCAAAUCGUUCCAUCAGAAGUACGGAGAGCAAGUGUGCGCCUCUCUCUCGAGGACGUUCUCUUCCCAUUCAACCGUCGCUCUCCAACAAUACACGUAUUCUAUCGGCUGCACGCCUUCCGUCUGCUUCACUUUCUUGUCUGCGUUCUGCAAGACUGGAAUCAAAGUGGCGUGCUCGUCUAGCUGUAAUCUUUAUCGUCUUGGUCAUUUCACCCUUUCCGAUUUUACAGUAUGCGCCCAGGGAACCCUUCAAAUCGGUUCAAAGUGCCUUUCCUUUUCCACUGUUCCCGUGCAAGGAUAUUCAGAAGCCAAAGAUUACUGUAGUCCUCAUUCGUUGAUCUCUUCACUGAAAAACUCGGAAAUCGAGUCCAUUCGAGAUGCAAUUCUGCCAACAUUUAGUGAGUUCGUGAACCUUUCAAAAAGUGUUUACCCAACUGAUUUCGGGAUGUUUAUCUGGUGACUACGUGGCACUUCCUUCCACUGUCUGUUGACUCUUGACCACCCAAAAAUGCCUUUCUUUUCAGUCGAUUAUCGCUACUUUCUGACUUCUGGUCUGCGGCAAGGAUCCACGUGGAAAUGGGGUAAUGGAGAAGAUGUGGAAGUGAGUGAUUAUUCUGUUCUUUCCUGAUGGAGUACUGUUAAUGUGCAGCAAGAAGUGACUGGAAACGGCCGAUGUCUGGCAUUCCAAUCCGGCCGUCUGGUGGCAGUCGAUUGCGACGAAGAAGUAUUCGCGUUCUGUGAAUCAGGCAGAGAAUGCGUUGGGAAGAACAGAAAGUAUUCCGGAGUUGCGAAUACGACGGCUGACGGACAGAACUGUAUCCGUUGGGACGAUCCCUCUGUGCUAUUCCAAAGGGAUUCAGAAGUGGACAUCAUGAGCCACAACUUCUGUCGUUUCAUCGAAGAAGAGGGAAAGUGAGCGUAGGAAUGUGCUUUCUAUGAGAUACAUUACCUUCAGAACCACACCGUCUCCAGUCUGUUAUGUGAAACCGCAGCAGCUGUCCGUGUGCAACAUUCCGAACUGUCCGGAGAGUUUGAACGAUGCGGUCGCUUCGGAAUCCGUUGACACUUGUCCGAUCGGAUCCUUUUCGUGUGACAACGGCUCGAAGUGCAUAUCCGAAAAGUUUCAAUGCGAUUACGAAAUAGACUGCAGCGAUGGGACCGACGAGCAGAAUUGCGGUGAGCUUCUGACAUUAUGAAUUUGUUUCUGAAGAGUUACGUUCAGAAGACUAUCUUCAAUAUUAUGAUUUGGUCGGAGCGUAUCGCCUGGCUGACAACAUAAUCGAAGUGUGGACGUUCAUACCUCACGUACAAGGGGUAGGCGGCGCACUUUCAUUCUCACCGUGCUGGUUCCAUUUCAGUGUGCCCGCAAAUGCAGAGAAAGUCUUCUGAUCUGUGAGGCAUUCUCGUACGAACCGAAGACGCAGACGUGUCUUCUCACGGACACUUCCCACGUGUAUUCGAGUCUUGCUCGCAAAUCGACUUCUCUCUACUACCGUCGCCGUUUCUCUUCGAGUACUCGAUGACAUCGUGUCGGAGGAAAACUGUUGAAGCUUUCAGAAGACGUCGUUUUUGAAGUGGAGAACAAAGUGUUGUACGCGACGAAGCUCUCGAAGAAAGGGCAUGUUUGCGACGAGAAUUACAGCCGCGAGAAGCUGACUUCCAUCUGCAGAGUUCUCGGUUUCGGGUCAGUUUCUCUUUGUUUUUAACUUUUAUUUCAGAGUGCUCAUGA